GAUGAUUUGGAUCCCUGUUGUUUUGACUCACAUUUGGCCCUGAUGUGAUGAAGUCAGGCAGAGGAUGUGGGAUCUGUGUAUUUCAUCGUAUUUUUGCAGAGACUUAACAAUGCGUUGAGUUGUGGUCUUCGAGCUGUAUUCGGCUUCCUGUCCUCCUGUGCUGCGCAGGAUGCCUCACAGUCACGUUCUCCGUCUGCACUGCUGAGCUCAAGGGGCGUCUGGAGAGGCCAAAGAGCAUCCUGGGAGUUAAUCUGACAUCUAGCCCUCCGCUAACCCCCUUAUGGGACGUUUUAUGGAUUCCCAAGGUACAGAGCCUCAUCUCUCAGCCCUUCCAGAGCUUUAAAAACAUCUCCUGGUAUAAGCGCAGCAGAAGAUGGCUACGACCCUGCAUGAAUUCACCCAGUUUCUGGACCCUAAGAUGUUCCCCAGAGUGCUUCAGAUCCAGUCUGGAAUAUAUUAUCAAGGCUGUGUGUAUGAGAUGUUUGGAAGAGAGUGCUCUCUUUCAACCGGAGAUUUGUUGAAAAUCAUUGAUAUCACCAUCAGCAGAUUCACAGCGCAGACCUCCAGCAACACUGAGAUUGAGAUCCCUGUGGAAUACCCAGGAUUGUUCAAACUACUGGCUGACAGUCAGCCGUACCAAAGCAUACAAGAGAUAGCUGACUCGGUGAAGAUCAGCUCCCACAGACUGUCCCAGCCGGUGUUCCUCAGCGGUUCAGAGAUUCAGCUGGUACAGGGCGUCAUACGGGAGGGAGACAGCUUCAGAAUCACUGCCGUCAGCCGUGAGCUCAGCGGUGGAUGUGUGCAGUGUGAGCUUCUGCACAGAGAGCCCAAGGUCUGCUUCAGCCUGAGCUUCUCCCAGCAAGGACACUUCACAGAGUGCCAGGAUGACCAGUUUUACACCCUGAGAGAGAUAGCGGAGUGGAAAAUCUCCAACGGCAGAAAGAGGACUGUAACUGAGGUCAAAACUCUGCCCAAAAAGGACUUCUUAUUCACCAAUUUGCUGGAGAAUGUAUUUGGAGAGCUGCAGCUGACUCCUGUGUAUGAACUGAAGGCUGUUACACGACUCAGUGAGAAAAUUCUGCUCAUCCCAUCAAAUUUGGAUGUGGAGGUGGUGGAUGUCACUGAGCAGUUUGAUUGUGACUCCUUUGUGCAGCCUCUUUCUCUUAUGGAUGUUUUCAAGAGUCCUAAAGAACUUUUUCCUGUGGUGGCGAAGUUGUCAAGUGAAAGACCUUUCAAGCUUUCUCCAGAGCUGGAAAUGCUUUUCAGUUCCAAUCAGGUGGUCAUUCAUAAUGCUUUCUAUGCAAAACGAAUACUGGCCUCGGAAAUGGGUCGUGAAUCAACGAGACACUUUCUUAUUCCGGAGUCCUACAAUGGACGCUUAAAGCGGCGGCCGCGCCAGUUCCCCACCGCCUACGAUCUGGAGCGCGCACGCAGCGAAACUGAACAGAUACACGUGGUGGCCACCAGGGACUUUGAGUCUGUGUAUAACGGGCUAGCUUCUGUAAGUGCUGGAGAUGAGUUCAUAGUAAACAAAGGCAAAAGCUGUGCGCUUUCACACAAUGGAACCAAGAGGGCAGCUGAUGCAUUUCAAUGUCUGAAAGUUACAGGGAAAGAGACGAAGGAGCUUGUGCGCCUCCCCAUGUGUUUGGAGGGGGGAUUCAUGGAGCUGGUUAAAGAUAAGCGUCAAUACACCAUUGCGGAAAUAUGCCGAUGGUUCCCGCUGCCCUUCAACGUCAAAGUGUCUGUGCGAGACCUCUCAUUGAAGGUGGAUGUUUUGGCUGGCGUGCCCGGUCUGCACAUUGAGGAGGAGAUCUCUGACCCUUGCCUCCUUGUUUCAAACACUGAGCUGUCAGAGAUCAGGGAGGUGCCAGUCAAUCGCACAGACUUGAUCCUCAACAUAAAGCAGCGCUGGGAAGGCCAGAGUCCAGUAUGUAGUGGGAAUUCAGUCACAGAGGAAAUCUCAGAGGACUGUUACUACACACUCAGGAGGUAUGCCUUUACUACCAUCACACCCCCUCCACGACCACCAAAAAAACCCAAAGACCCUCCACCUCGACCUCCCAAGAAGCUAUCAUCCAGAUCAGAGAGCGCAAACAGUGAAGGCUCCAGCUGCUCUCCACAGGGUCUUUGUUUUGAACCUUUUAAACAGGAUAACUUCAUUCAGUGCAGUGAUUCAAAAAAUGGAAAUGACAAAAAGAUUCCCAUAAGUCCAGUCAUUUUGCCAAGACCUACCCUGCUGAAAGAGCUUGCCAAGGGCCGAAGUCUGGACAGCGUUUCCAUCACAAAACAUGAUGACGAUGAUGUGCAUGAUUAUGAAUAUAUUGAUGAAGCUCAGCUUGACAGCAUAAGGAGUUAAUUAACAAACCAUUAACACAGGCAAAGGAAAACCAAGUGAAAACAAGAUGAAGAGUAUACUAUGAAGUUCACUAUGGCUGUGUUCCAAAACUGCUUACUUUAAUUUCAUAUGAUGAGACUGACAUGGACAAAGUCUAUUUAAUAAUCACAUAACUUUACAUGAAUGUAAAUCAGCUGGAAUGCAAAUAAUUUAUUAGGUCCUUAUUAGUCCUGUAGGAGAAUAGUGUUACUGUAUUUCAAUUGUUUUUAUGAAAUACAACCAGUCGGUUACACUUUAUUUUAUGGUGUCCUUGUUACAGUGUAAUUAAACAUUUAAGUACUAAGGUAAAUUAAUUAAGUAUAUGAACUUACUGUAUGGUUUGAGUUAGGAUUAGGGUUACUUGCAUGUAAAUAUGCAUAAUUAAUUAUAACAGUAGGUACAUGUAACACGUAACAAGGACACCUUAAAAUAAAGUGUAACCCACCACCCUGUCAACAUAGGUUGUGACAGGAAUUCAAAUUGUAUUCAAAUUUUAUUGGCAUUGGACAAAAAUGCUAUAAUGAUGACAAAGAUUUUAGAAAUGGUUUUUCUAUUGCUAAGCCUCAGCAGAUAAGCAUUGAUAGGUUUCCUGCAGAAAGCCCUGUAUCUCUCCAGACUGCAGCUAUAUUUGGUGAAAAUUGCUUAUGGAUCAUGCACUCUUCAAAAAAUGUUGAAAAAGCUAUCACUGGGGUAACACUUUUAUACCCUAUUUAUUUAAUGGCUCGUUUUAGGUGUAUAUAUGAAUAACUUUUAAAAGGGUACUGCCACAGUGACAGCUGCUUUUGAGUAAUGAUACCUCUUUUUUGUCAAAAGUAUAUAUAUAAAGGCAGUUUUUUGUACAGUCUGGCUAUAUACAAUUAAAAGUGGGUG